GAGAGGCACGCACGCACGCACGCACACACAGAAACAGACUGCGAGAGAAAGGAGGCGCAGCCUGUGCGCUCGUUCUUUCUCCCCGCUCCACACACUUUGAUAUAUCGCACAUGAACACACAAGGCGUGUGGUUGUUAGCGCAACACCGAAGAAGAAGACGCGUCGGUUUGGUCUUCUCGUGGACGGACUAGCGAGCGGGACGAGGCGUCAUGGACUCCUGGAUGAAGUUCAUCUUCAUGGUCGCCACCUUCUGCUGUGGAACGCGAGCCGAGUUUGACGGCAGGUGGCCACGGCAGAUGGCGUCGUCCAACGGGCUGUGCCGCUAUGGCGCCAGGGUGGACUGCUGCUGGGGAUGGACACGCCGAUCUUGGACUCACUGCCAGCCGCUUUGCCAGUCGGGUUGCAAACACGGAGACUGCGUGGGGCCCAACAAGUGCAAAUGUCACCCCGGAUUCACGGGGAAGACCUGCAAUCAAGAAGAACAGCUGGACUAUUUGACUCCACCGAUGUGGUCCAGUCACCUACCCAUUUAUCUACCGGAGGACCAUCAUCCGGUGACGGAGGAUUUGAACGAGUGCGGGCUGAAGCCACGGCCCUGCAAACACAGGUGCAUGAACACCUACGGCAGCUACAAGUGCUACUGCCUCAACGGCUACAUGCUGAUGCCCGACGGCACCUGUGGAAACCUUCGCACUUGCGGCAUGGCCAACUGCCAGUAUGGCUGUGAGGUCCUGAAAGGAGAGGUCCGAUGUCAGUGUCCGUCGCCAGGGCUACAGCUGGCUCUGGAUGGCAGAACCUGCGUGGACGUGGAUGAGUGUGCGGCCCGGACCGCCGUGUGCCCCAGGUUCCGGAAGUGCAUCAACACAUUCGGCAGCUACAUCUGCAAGUGUCAUGAUGGCUUUGACCUGCAGUACAUCAACGGGAAAUACCAGUGCAUCGACGUGGAUGAGUGCUCUUUGGAGAUCGGUCGCUGCGGUGGCUAUGCCACCUGCUUCAACACGCCGGGCUUGUACAAGUGCAAGUGCAAAGACGGCUACAGGGGGACGGGCCGCGACUGCAAACCCAUUCCCAAGGUGGCCAUAGACCCGCCGAGGCCGGGCAAACUGCCUCCCAGCUACCACAACCACCUGCCUGAUACUGACCAGAGGAGAACCACCACCACGCUACGGCCGCCGGUCACCCAUAGGAGGGUGUUCACCGUCGCCCCCAAAACCACAACAACCGCCGCCCCAACAACGACGACUGUGCUUCCGAAGAGGACGACGAUAUCCCCGCGCAAGCCAUCAACUCCGACCCGGAAGCCCUUCGUCCCCACCAGGAGGCCACCCCCACAUACUCGCAAGCCCUACGUCCCUCCAAAUCCGGUGACCCCCACCAGACGAACCCCGACAACGACCCCGACAACGACCCCGACAACGCCAUCUCCGCGGGUGACCACUGUGGACAACAGCAUCCACAAGGACGUGACUAAGCAGCGAGGAGACGUGCACAUCCCGCGGAACCACAACCACAACACGGUGCUGGACUUUGACAUCGAGCUGGGCAACACGGCCGAUGAAGCCAAGGACGACGCCGAUUCAGGCUUCCUGAGCUGCUCUUUCGACGACGGCCUCUGCGGAUGGAUCAGAGACAAAGACGGAGACGUGCACUGGGAGACCACGCCGGACCCGGCAGGCGGUCUCUACCUUACCAUCCCCGAAGUGGGCAACAAGAGGACGGGGCGGGGGGCGAGGCUGGUCCUCCCGUUGGCACCGCCGUGGAACGAGGGCAACCUUUGCCUGUCAUUCCGCCACAAGCUGGCGGGCCACCAUGUUGGCAUGCUGCAGGUGUUCGUGAAGAAGGGCGCCCGCUACAGCCCGGCCGUGUGGGGGAGGACGGGCGGCAACAGCUGGAGACACACCCAGAUAACGUUAUGGGGAGCGGGCCUGGAGAGCGUGGUGCUGAAGGGCGAGCGCGGACGGGGACGAAGCGGAGAGAUGGCGGUGGACGACAUCUCGCUAGCAAAAGGCUCCUGCACGGACGAUCGCAGCCCAACGAGUCUCUGACGCGGCAGCUCAAGGGAGAAAACAAUUAGAAGAUUAUCUCGAUGAGACGUGACCCCUGUUUGGACUGCUCUUCUCAUUUGGCGCCCCCUUGCGUCCGAACCAGCAAACAGCAGCACAUUGUGCUUCUCGAAAUGCAAAGACUGAACUGGACUUCAGCCUCGUCUGAUUUGGAGGCCCGUGCCCGUGUGGUUGCCAUGGUAACGUCCGCCAACAACCCUUCCAUCCCACUGCUGCCCGUUUAGUCGCUCUGCUUGUCGCAGGGGUCAUACCAGUGGUGGCCACUUGGUUUCUUUUCUUCAUCUGAUUAGAUCAACAAUACAAUAGAGUAUCAGGUCCACGAGAUGAAAACAAACUAGAACAGGUCGAGUUAAGCUGUAACUUUGACAAAAAGUAAUUGUACAUGAAAAAACGAAAAUGCGGCUGUAAUUUUAUGACAAGUAAUGUUUUGAGAAUCAAGUUGAAAUUUAAUGAAAAAAGUACAGUUUAUCUUAUUUCUGUCCCACACGUGGUAGGUGAAAAUCUGCAAUACAGAGAAACCAUACAAAAAUUUUUUUUGUUUUUUAAUAGUUUUACCCCUCCCAUAUGCUUAAAACACACGGAUUUAUUACAAACACGCUUUAUGGAGUAUUCCUUAGCCCCUGUCAAGAAUUGGGAGACUAUUGUAGAAAAUCACUUUGAGGAAACGAAAAGAUGCACACUUCUCCAAAUAAGAGGCUGUUUAUUUGUCACUCUCCAUUGGAGUUUACUAUAAAUCUGACACAAAAACAUUGUAUAUUCAAACAAAAUGUUCAACCAAACCACUAAACUUCGCUAGCUUAAUGCUGACAUGUAAUGCAAAACGCUACAGAUGUGCUAAUGUAGAUUAGCAUAGAUGUUACAGUGAUUAUAAACCUUCAAACAACUGCUUCUUUAGCAGCAACACAUACAAACAGAGCAUCCAACAAUAUUCACAGGCUUGUAUUCUUUCUGCUCUGUGAGAACAGCAACAAUUACUUCAACUUAGUAGGGGAUCUUUCUGCCUCUUCUUGCUCCUAAUUUCGCGGAAUCUCCAUCCAGUAAAGGGCAGUGCCACCCGGCACGUUGUAGCACAAAGUGGUACUACUCCGAAGGCGCGCAACUCUAAAUUGGGACUUGUCUGUAUACUGUAAAAACCGACCGCUUCAAAAUCUGUGACAUCUGCAGAGGCGUGAAAGUUCAACUGCGAUAUUGUGGAGGUUCACGCUACAGUAUUUUACCAGAGAAUCUAAUUUUAAAGUUGACAUUUCACCAGAACAACUGUGUGGAGUUUGCAUGUUCUCCCCGUGCCUGCGUGGGUUUUCUCCGGGCACUCCGGUUUCCUCUCACAUCCCAAAAACAUGCAUGGUAGGUUAAUUGAAGACUCUACAUUUCCCUUAGGUUUGAAUGUGAGUGCGAAUGGUUGUUUGUUUGUGUGCCCUGCGAUUGGCUGGCAACCAGUUAAGGGUGUAACCCGCCUCCUGCCCGAUGAUAGCUGGGAUAGGCUCCGGCGCUCCCGCGACCCUAGUGAGGAGAAGCGGCUCAGAAAAUGGAUGGAUGGAAAUUUGUCAUUUAUGUGGGGAAAAAACAUGAAAUAUUGCUGAAACAAUAUCAUGGUUUGCACAAGAAAAUGUAAUAUUGCAAAAAUAAAUUUGACAUUUGACCAUUAAGUUGAUUUGUUUUUGGGGUUUUUUUUUCCCCCGGAAAGAAGUUGCAGUAUUGCUAGAAUUAAAUUAUAUUUUUACAUUUAAAAAAAAAAAAAAAAGGAAAGUUACAGGCAAAACGUUGGGGUAUUGCUGAAAUGAAGUCGCAAUCGAGAUUAAAGUUGCUGUUUUAUGUGGGGGCAGGGGGAUUAUUAUUUUUUAAGCAUGAAGAUUAUCACACACAAAAAAUAUGAGAAUAAAUAUGAUAUUUCAUAUGAACCAAGUUUUUAUUUUGCAAUGAUAGUAAUUUUAUAAGUAAAAGAGAAUUAGGUCACGAGAUAAAAAUUUAUGCGGGAAAAAAAUUGGAUAUUGUGUGAAGAACACUAUUUUUUUAAUUAAAAUAGUAAUUUUACAAAAAUGAAGAAAAAAAUGGGCAUUUGCUUAAAUGAUUCCAGGAGUUUAUGAGAAAAGGUUUUACAAGCAACAAGUUGAGUUAUACUACGUCUGAAUUUUACGAUGAAAAGUAAAAUGAGAAUAUAAUCAUAAUAUAUAUUGUUGAAGUCUCAAUAAUUUCUCCUCGUAGAAUUUCACGUAUUCUUCGAGUUUUACAACUUUUUUCCCUAUGAAAUGACGCUUGCCUCCUUGUGAAAAUUUACUUUUUCCAGUCAAAUUUUAUUCUCAGAAAAUUGCAACUUUUUUUCCCUCAUAAUGAAAUCUGUGACUUGAUUCUCUUCAUAUUGUGGUCGUUUUCUUGGGAGCCUUGUUACUGCUAUUAUCAUUUUCCCUAUGAACCGUGCAGCUAUUCCCAUACUUGCCUGUCCCAGUAUUUCCGACAAAAACCUACCAGAUUUAUUUUUUUAAUAUUUUUGUCCUACCCGUCAUGAGAUCAAGCCAUUGAUUUAAACUGUAUGCUAUAUUGUACAGGCGGCACGGUGGCGACUGGUUAGAGCGUCAGCCUCACAGUACUGAGGACCCCCGACUGUGUGGAGUUUGCAUGUUCUCCCCGUGCCUGCGUGGGUUUUCUCCGGGCACUCCGGUUUCCUCCCACAUCCCAAAAACAUGCAUAAAUUGGAGACUCUAAAUUGCCCAUAGGUGUGACUGUGAGUGCGAAUGGUUGUCUGUUUGUAUGUGCCCUGCGAUUGGCUGGCAACCAGUUCAGGGUGUACCCCGCCUCCUGCCCGAUGACAGCUGGGAUAGGGUCCAGCACGCCCGCGACCUUAGUGAGGAGAAGCGGCUCAGAAAAUGGAUGGAUGGAUGGAUGCUAUAUUGUACAAUUGUUAUCUAUAAAGUGCCGUUUGUUACAGACAACUCUUAAGGCUUUUUCAAAUUCUGUUAUUGUAAAUACUCAAAUACCACCAUUCGUUGUGUGCUUCAGACAUACUGUAAAUCUGCCCGUGUUAAAUAAGCAAACUUCAAAUUGCUUGUGAUACUUUUUUAAUUGAACACCAUACAUUCUUGAAUUAAUACAUUUUCUCAACACUCCCCUAUCCUGUAAAGUACAUUUAUUGUCUGCCAUGAUGAUGAUGAAGGGCACUGGAUGAUGGAAUUUCUUUUUUUUUUUUUUUUUUACAUUACAUCAUAUGCAUGUUCACCAUAUUUAAAAUUAACGCAGAGCAGAAUGUAAAUAAAACUCGUUUGUCUGACAAAACACAGUUUGGAGGUCAUUAACACCCAGCCAUCCCUUACAUAUCGACUGUUGACUGACUGAAUUUUUCCAUCUCUGAAAAAUAUCGUGGCGCGUAUAGUGUGUGUACAUGGUACAUUUCCGUGUGUGGUCAACGUUUGGGGAGUUACAAAAUUGUUUAGGGGGGUUUAACAGUUUUAGUGGGGCUAUGAUUGU